CGCGAGGCGCCGCGCGGACGUGGUACCAGCUUUCCGCUUAACCCGCUUGACGUGUGACCGCUUAACUGUGACCGCUUAAGUGUUCAAAUAAGCGAAAAGGAUACGCGUUUUCAUAUUCUUUGACGUUAUCACCGCGUCCCGGGCAGUCCGGCCGCGCGUCCCCUCCGUGACGCUUCAGUUGUGGCUCUCAAAUGUGUUUUUUCUAUUACGUUGAAAAUGGUAGCGGAACGCGAGAUUAGAUUAGAUAACUGAAGAUGUGCUCCGUGAAAUCGCCACGACAUUCUCCGUUUAGACACGGACUGAAUUUUAAUACAUUGUCUUAAAUGAAAUUUUAAAAGGGAAAAUAAAUUAUAUUGAAAACGUACAAAUGGGAAUAAUGAAUUGAAUUCAGUUUAAAUAAUUUCAUAUAACGAAGUUUAUUGCGGUGCGAUUAACAGUGCUAGUGAAGUGACCUACUUAAAUAAAACAAACAAAAUAAAAAUGUUAGUGAUGUUAUAAUAAAAAUGAUUUGUGUCUGUGAAUAAUUGGAAGUUAUAGUAGGUAUUUUUUAAACGUGAUGUCAAUUUAGUGAAGUGUGAACGGUAGCAAUGGGUUGCCAGCUGGGUAAGCUAGCUGCCUCUGAGCGGAGGACCAACAACCAGGUCCUGGGCGAUGGACCGCCACCAGCGACGGACCCCAGGCUGCCUCUUACAGCCAAGCAAAAGUAUUCGAUGCUGGCCUCGUGGAAAGGUAUAUCGAGAGCAAUGGAGAAGACGGGGAUAUGCAUGUUUAUAAAAUUAUUCGAAGAGAACCAAGAUCUCCUAAACAUGUUUGAAAAGUUUCGUCAGUACAGGACGAAAGAAGAACAAAUUAACUCAAUGGAACUCGCUGAGCACGCGAACAAUGUCAUGAACACAUUGGACGAAGGUAUUAAAGGACUGGACGACUUAGACAACUUCUUUGAAUAUAUACAUCAAGUUGGAGCGAGCCACAGACGAAUACCCGGAUUUAAAGUAGAAUAUUUUUGGAAAAUCGAAACACCGUUCCUAGCGGCAGUGGAAUCAACCCUCGGCGACAGAUACACGCCAAACGUCGAAAAUAUAUACAAAAUAACAAUCAAAUUCAUCUUGCAGACCCUCGUUGAUGGAUAUGAGAAAGCAGCCUCCAAAGCGAAUCCAACAUGAACUGACUUCGAGAUAUUAGAAUAACCGGCAUUAACUUCUGCUUGAAACUCGAUUACCGUAUGUAAUGCAUAUUACGUGAAUAUAUAUUAAUUAUUCGCAAAUGGUAAACGAUACAUAUAUAUUUUUCUACCUAUUGCUUUAUACCUAAAAGAAAAUUACUAAGCAUUAUUGUUCGCCUGUCAAAUUUAAUUAAGAAAAUUAAUUAAAUAAAAUGAUUGCUUGCCAUCCACAUAAAGAUAAUAAAAAUAGCUUAAUUGACAUUUGAAAAUAAUUAUUUUUGAAACCGACUUUUUUAGCUAGCUAGCUAUAGUUUGCCCUCGGCCUCGCCCGCGUAUUAAAGCGCAGCUGAUGUUGGCUGUAUAAAAAGGCUAUACACUUCCUUCGGGUUCCUUGGGGUAAAACCAAAUAUCAUCAAGUUGCUUUAGUUUAGCCGUGAAGCGUAACAGAUAUAAUAAUAAUAAAGUAUUACUAUAUAUAAUUCGCUAUAAUGUAUAUUUAUACUACAAUAAAAUCAAUAAACACGUUUAACUUGGCGAUGUAUGACGAUAUAUGUACAUAAAAUAUUUUAUUCAAAUAAUACCCUUAGCUUUAUUUUUUACCUGUCGUGCUUUGUUUGCACCUGUCGGGUUCUCAAGCUUACUGGUUAUAGUGUUCAACUCAUUUGGAGCUUUAAAAAAAAAAAAAAAGGAAAAAGGUUAUCGAAUAUAAAGCAUAUAAUGGUAAAUCAGUAAUGUUUUCAUUUAACACCGUAUGUGUAUAA